UGCUUUUAAUGUCAUUCAGAGCUGCGGGCCCCGGCUCUUCCGCUGCUCCUGCUCUGGCUCUCCCUUGAACAGCUCCCAGAGAGAACAAGGCGUGCGGAGCUCGGAUCACCAGCAUCAUGCUCCUUGGGCUUGGAUCGUAGAUCCCCCUCCUUGAACACUAAAACAACUCCUUCGUCUUUCAGCGUCCCAAGCAGACCCAGCGAGAAAACAAGCACGUGAGAGAGAGAGAGAGGAAAGAAAGAGGAGGAAGACUAAAAUCUGCAACCAAGGGGACUAAAGCAAAGAAAAAGAGUGCUUUGCUUGCACAGCUGCAAAGUGGGAAUUUAAAGAGCUGCAGAGAGAGAAAAUCCAGCUCAUCAGCACAGACACAUUGCAGAAUUACAGAUCCAGGUAGAAAUGACAUCAACAGGGAAAGAAGGCAGCGGAGCUCAACAUGCACAAUAUGUUGGACCCUAUCGUUUGGAGAAAACCCUAGGAAAAGGACAGACAGGGCUUGUGAAGUUGGGGGUUCACUGUGUCACGUGUCAGAAGGUCGCGAUAAAAAUUGUCAACAGAGAGAAGCUCAGUGAGUCGGUGCUAAUGAAGGUGGAGCGGGAAAUAGCCAUCCUGAAGUUGAUAGAACAUCCCCAUGUUUUAAAGCUGCAUGACGUUUACGAAAACAAAAAAUAUUUGUAUUUGGUGCUAGAACAUGUGUCAGGUGGGGAGCUCUUCGACUAUCUCGUAAAAAAGGGAAGAUUGACACCAAAAGAAGCCAGGAAGUUCUUCCGACAAAUCAUCUCUGCUUUAGACUUCUGCCAUAGUCAUUCAAUAUGCCACAGGGACUUAAAACCAGAAAACCUACUGCUGGAUGAAAAGAACAACAUCCGGAUAGCAGAUUUCGGGAUGGCAUCGCUGCAGGUUGGGGACAGCUUGUUAGAAACCAGUUGUGGAUCACCACAUUAUGCUUGUCCUGAAGUCAUCCGGGGAGAAAAAUAUGAUGGAAGGAAAGCAGACGUCUGGAGCUGCGGAGUCAUUUUGUUUGCGUUGCUAGUGGGUGCCCUGCCUUUCGAUGACGACAACUUGCGGCAACUGCUGGAGAAGGUGAAGCGUGGAGUGUUCCACAUGCCCCAUUUUAUCCCUCCCGACUGUCAGAACCUUUUGCGGGGGAUGAUUGAAGUGGAUGCCUCGAAACGUCUCACGCUAGAACAUAUUCAGAAACACAUAUGGUAUAUAGGGGGUAAGAAUGAGCCAGAACCAGAGCAACCCAUCCCUCGAAAGGUGCAGAUUCGUUCUCUCCCUUCCUUGGAGGAUAUUGAUCCAGACGUGUUAGAUAGCAUGCACUCGUUAGGCUGCUUCCGUGACCGAAAUAAACUCUUACAGGACUUGUUGUCAGAAGAAGAAAACCAAGAAAAAAUGAUUUAUUUUCUUCUGCUUGACCGGAAGGAGAGGUAUCCUAGUCAUGAAGAUGAGGAUCUUCCCCCUAGAAAUGAAAUAGAUCCCCCCAGGAAGCGCGUGGACUCCCCAAUGCUGAACAGGCACGGGAAGCGGCGGCCGGAGAGGAAGUCCAUGGAGGUUCUCAGUGUGACAGAUGGUGGAUCCCCAGUUCCUGCUCGCAGAGCAAUUGAAAUGGCACAACAUGGACAGAGUAAAACAAUGUUCAGUAAAAGCCUGGAUAUCUCUGAAGCCAAUCCCAAAUUCAACAAAGAAGAAAGGAUGGCGAGUGCUGAUCCAUUGGGGUCUCGGUCAAUCAGUGGAGCAUCGUCUGGGCUCUCCACCAGUCCUCUCAGCAGUCCAAGGGUCACCCCUCACCCCUCUCCAAGGGGAAGUCCCCUCCCUACCCCCAAGGGGACACCUGUUCAUACGCCAAAGGAGAGCCCAGCAGGCACACCCAACCCAACACCACCAUCCAGCCCCAGCAUUGGAGGAAUGCCUUGGAGGACACGGCUCAACUCCAUCAAGAAUAGUUUCCUGGGGUCUCCUCGCUUCCAUCGUCGGAAAUUGCAAGUACCUACACCAGAAGAGAUGUCUAAUUUAACCCCAGAAUCAUCCCCAGAGCUUGCCAAAAAAUCCUGGUUCGGUAACUUCAUCAACUUGGAGAAAGAAGAACAGAUUUUUGUGGUCAUUAAGGACAAACCACUAAGCUCCAUUAAGGCUGAUAUAGUCCACGCUUUCCUCUCGAUCCCAAGUCUCAGUCACAGUGUCAUCUCACAGACAAGUUUCCGUGCGGAAUAUAAGUCCACAGGAGGUCCUGCUGUCUUCCAGAAGCCAGUGAAGUUCCAGGUGGACAUAACCUACACAGAAGGGGGAGAGGCACAAAAGGAGAACGGGAUCUAUUCUGUCACUUUCACACUCUUAUCAGGUCCAAGCCGUCGCUUUAAGAGGGUAGUAGAAACCAUUCAGGCACAGUUGUUAAGCACACAUGACCAGCCUUCAGUGCAGCAGUUAUCAGACACCACUAACUGUAUGGAGUUGAUGACUGGCAGACUUUCCAAAUGUGGCAGCCCAUUGAGUAACUUCUUUGACGUAAUUAAACAACUUUUUUCAGACGAGAAGAACGGGCAGGUGAGCCAUCCCCCCGGCACGCCAACCAAGCAUAGCGCAAACAGCAAGCGGAGCGAUUCCGGUUCUAAUGACUAUGGGUCUAGAGGAGACAAUAAGUACCCUGCUGGCAAAGACAAGGCAAAGAUGGUCUCAUCAGUCGGCCUACAAGACCAACCUUAAAUAAACACAUAAAAAAUUAAAUAACUUAGAGAGAGAAAAAAAAAAAACAAAACAAAACAAAAAAAAACAAAAAACAAAACAAAACAAAAGAAAAAAGCAAGAAAGAAUGAAAGAAUAUUCCUUAGCAAGCUAGCCUCUAAACUAGAAGGAUGUAUAUACCUUGCCACAACAGUACAAAACUGUCUAUAGACAAAUUUUGUA